GGAUGGUUCCGGAAGAAGGCUAAGGAGCGGGACACUAGUCGCUAGCGCACCAGCCCGCUCCAGGUGCCAGGGCGGAACAAACGGGCCGGAGCCGGAUGGAAGCGCCUUGGUCCCCAACUGGCUCUUGCGUCGGUGGGCGCCGGAGAGGCACGGAGCCCGGGAUCGCGCACGCUGCGCCGCCGUCGCGCCUGCAUCGGGGGCCUGCGCUGGGUGAGCGCCCGCGCCCCGAAGCUCGCGCCCCACCGGCGGCGGAGGCAGGGAGCUAGAGAGCUUGUGCUUGGAGAGCAGCUUGGGGCAGGCGCCGAGCGGAGGCUGCUGCAGCUCCGGCGGGGGUCGCUAGGAGCCUGGGCUUACCAAGACACAAAGGUGGGCAGGAUGCAGGGGCAACUGGGGAGCCGGCAAAGGAAAAGCGAAAGCCGCGGGCCGAGCCGGUGACGGGUGAAGGCGCCGCGCCGCUCUUCGGCCGCUAGCGGUGCCGGGUCCAGCCCUGGUAGGCCUGGCUGGCUGAGCCCGGCGCGCCGCAGCCAUGGCCAUCGCCCACCUGGCCACAGAGUACGUGUUCUCGGAUUUUUUGCUGAAGGAGCCCGCGGAGCCCAAGUUCAAGGGGCUGCGGCUGGAGCUGGCCGUGGACAAGAUGAUCACGUGUAUUGCCGUGGGGCUGCCGCUGCUGCUUAUCUCGCUCGCCUUCGCGCAGGAGAUCUCGAUCGGUACACAGAUAAGCUGUUUCUCCCCAAGUUCUUUCUCCUGGCGCCAGGCUGCCUUUGUGGAUUCUUACUGUUGGGCUGCUGUCCAGCAGAAGGACUCUCUGCGGAGUGACACUGGGAACCUUCCAUUGUGGCUGCACAAGUUUUUCCCCUACAUCCUGUUACUGCUUGCGAUCCUCUUGUACCUGCCCUCCUUGUUCUGGCGUUUCACGGCUGCUCCUCAUCUUUGCUCAGAUCUGAAGUUUAUCAUGGAAGAACUUGACAAAGUUUACAACCGUGCAAUUAAAGCUGCAAAGAGUGCCCGUGACCUCGACGUGAGAGACAGUACCUCUCCAGUCACGCCCGUUAAUGAGAAUGUAGGGCAAAGUUUGUGGGAGAUACCUGAAAGCCACUUCAAGUACCCCAUUGUGGAGCAGUAUUUGAAGACAAAGAAGAACUCUAAUAAUUUAAUAGUGAAGUACCUCAGUUGCCGGGUGCUAACACUCACAAUUACACUGUUAGCGUGUAUCUACCUGGGCUAUUACUUCAGCCUCUCCUCACUCUCGGAUGAGUUUGUCUGCAGCAUCAAGUCAGGGAUCCUGAAGAAUGACAGCACUGUCCCGGAUCAGUUCCAGUGCAAACUCAUCGCAGUGGGCAUCUUCCAGCUGCUCAGCUUCAUUAACCUGGCAGUUUAUGCUCUGCUGGCUCCUGUCCUUAUCUACACGCUGUUUGUUCCAUUCCGACAGAAGACAGAUGUUCUCAAAGUAUAUGAGAUCCUGCCCACAUUUGAUAUUCUGCGUUUCAAGUCUGAAGGGUACAAUGACUUGAGCCUAUACAAUCUUUUCCUGGAAGAGAAUAUAAGUGAACUCAAGUCAUACAAGUGUCUUAAGAUACUGGAAAAUAUCAAAAGCAGUGGUCAGGGAGUUGACCCGAUGGUACUCCUGACUAACCUUGGCAUGAUCAAGAUGGAUGUUGUCGACAGCAAAACUCCCCAGCCUGCUCCAAGCGCAGUGGCAAGGGAGCAGGAAAACCAGAUGGCCGAGCUCCAAGAUUUGAACGUACCCAGUGAAAAGAAUGCAAAUAAUGGAGAGGCCAAUGUCCGGCAGAGACUUAUGGAUUCUUCUUGCUGAUUUUUUUUCCCUUGAACUUCAGACCUGUGAUUUCUGUGACAUGGGAUUUGUUUUGGCUGAAGCACCUUGGUCACGUUCACAGUGGUUCGCAGUGAAUGGUUCUUGGUAGGGACACUGAGCAUGUCUGAGUCCCUGAUGAAAAUGAUGGCCAAAAGAAUAUUGUGAAGAAUAGUUCAUCAGCUUCCUACAAGAAGCAAGUCAUAGCUAAGUAAACCACAGCAAGAGUGUGUGUGUGUAUAUAUAUACAUAUAUAUGUGUGUGUAUAUGUAUAUCCUCCCCAAAUGAAAAGUGGAAGGAAUAGUCAAAAUAAAAGGGUAGUAGUCCUUUGCAAGUUGUGGAGAAACGCCCUUCUUACAGAUGGUGGUGACAAAACCCAGAGCUACUAGAAAGCAAGGACUUUGGGAGAUUUUUUUGUUUUGUUUUAUGAAAUAAUAGUAAACAGAUCAGGAUAUAAUUAAAUAUGAAACUCCAUGUGCCCUUAAUAACUGUUGGAUGAGAAAAACAUUGACUGGCUAACCGUGGACUGUAGGUCAGCUUGCUCUUGGCAGUGACCUAAAUUGAGAGUAAUGCAGAUGCCAGGGUUCUCAUAUACUCAGGCUCUUGUUUUGCUAUUACUUGCCAGCCUUGGCUAAUUGAAAUCCUCUGACCACUGUUUGUUGGGCUCUGCUCUGAAGGGCAGCAGGCCAAAGUACUUAUUUGCUUGAAAGAUUUAUAGAUAGAGUCUAAAAGAGAUUCUGUUCAUACAACUGUGAUGUUAAUACCAGGAAAUCUAAACAUACAGAACAGGUUAAAUCAAUCGCUCUCAAAGGGGUAUUGACAGUGCUUUCCUCUGUUGUCAGAGGCAUUUGAAAUGGAACUUAAGCACAUUAACAGAACAUGGGGAUGUUCAAAGUGAGAGACAUUUUUGCCUAAUACGAUCAAAGCACAUAAAUGAUAUCUACCCUUUGGUGUGCUUAGAGCCAGAACAGCUUAGCAGGUUAUUUCAUUUGUAUUUAAACACAACUUUUUAACAUUCGUUUUAAUUUAUUCAGACAGUGUCAGAAUUGAGACCCUUUGCAAGGAACAUUUUAGCAUUGAUGGAGAAUUAUAGAAUAAAUACAAAAAUGGUGGUGGAUAAGAUAAACCAAGGCUUCUUUUUCUUUUUUUAAAUAUUUUAAAGCCAGCUCAGGGUAUGUUAAAAACCUUUCCCAAUUCUGACCUUGUAAAUAUAUCUUAACUACGUUUACAGUUUAUACAAAAUUAUUUAAAAUUACAUCUAUGGACUUUCCAUUUUUAUUCUUAAAAAAUUAAUACAUUGCUAACGUGAGUAAUCCUCAGGAACCUCAAAGUUUACUUUUGACUCUUUGGGACAGUUGUUUACCUAGUCUAAUUACCAUUUUAUGAAGAACAAAAAGUAUAUAUGCUGAUGUCUGCCUUUCAGAACAUUUAGAAAAACAGAUUUUAUUUUUGCUUUUGUGACAGUUUCUGAGGGAAAGCUGAUGAUAAAUAUCAAAGAUGCAAUCAGUGUUUUAAAUUAUUCUCUAUAACAUGAUAUUUAUUACUAUUGAAUUAUAAUGUGACUUUGAAAUGGCAGUAACAAAAAUAAUUGAUUUUGCUACAUGUUUUUAUCACUGUAUCUGAGAUUUUCCAUCACAGUUCUCUACACUGGUCUCAUAAAAUCUGAAAGAUUUAUGAAAUGUGUUUUUCUAGAAUGUGACCUUUUUAAAAAACAAAAAACAAAAACAUCUUUUCUAUGCAUUACCUUUAAUUUGUAUUGUGAAGUGGUAAAAAUAGGUACAUUAUUUUAGGAGAUCAGGAGCUCUCUAAGCCCCAUCAUGUGUAAUCCUUUUAUCUGGGUCAGUAUAAUCGGAAUCCUUGACCUCUGCCCAGUUCAUUUUUCCAUUCCCACCCUUGGAGCUCCAGUAGGGUCUGUGAUGUCCCAGACAUCCCACUAGUCACUAGCUAUGCAGAUAUGAACACAGCAGUUCCCCAUCUUUGAGGAGUUGAGAGUGUAGUAGAAGGCAGUGGAGACGGAGGCAGGUGUUAAGAGGUAAAAAAGUAGUUAAGUAAAAGCCCUGCGAGAAAACUCCAAGCAAAUAUUCUGUGUUCCUGGGAGGCGCCAUACUGUUUUUUCUUUCUCUCAUAGUUUCUGUAGCUUAUGGUUUUGAGAGUCUAGUUACAGUUUUUCUCAGAGGCAGAUAAUCUUCUUAAGGUUCUUUAGCCACAAAUCCUCCAGAUGGAAGCUUGGGCAAAGCAAUAGCAUAGACACUGAUUUUGAACAGCAAGAGCUCCAGUUGCCUUUAUGCAUUACCUUGCAGAGGGUGGGGAGGGCAAGCCAGUGGGAUAUGGUGGAGUUGCCGAUGAACAGCAUUAGUGGCUCUGAAAGGCUGACAGAGAUGCCUGGCCAUACAGUUUGAGAAAAAAAAAAGUCUUAUUAGGAAAGUUAACUCUUCCAUCCACUGUGAGUUGCUGGCUUGAAGGGACUUCUUUUGAGGAGCCAGUUUCCUGCGGGGGAGGAGUCAUUCACUGCCUUGUAAAAAGAAACAAACUGAUCCUAAAGGGCCACCUCAGGAUUUGUUUCUGGCUCACGUCUCCCUAGCAAAGCUAAACCAGACUCAUGAUGAGUGUUAGACAGCUGGGAAUCGAGCAGAUCCUUCUGAAAGCAGUACUCCAGCUGCAUAUUUAAUUUACCAAGGGACAAGCAGAGACCCUCUCUCUAAUGUAGAGGUUCUUAAACUUUUGGGAGGUCACAGACUCCCUUGAGACUCCUUUAAAAGUGAUGAUGGACCUACUCAUCAGAUACAUGACAUUUUAAAUGCACCUUCAGAGGUUGUUACAGCCCCUGCAUCCUGGUUGAGAAGCUGUGCUCUACUGGCUGAAGGCCAUACCCCCCUCAGAGAAAGGGGGCUCCCUUUGCCCUUGUGAAAGCUACUCCUUCCAACAAUAAGACUCAGCUGUAAGUAUGCUUAGCGAAGUCAUGUUUCCAUACUUUUGAGUGAACUGUACCUUUUGAGUAAUGGCCUUCAUUCUCCAGAGUCAGAUGGAACAAGGUCAACAUGAGAGUGGGCAGCAGCGGCCUUGGAUGGUCAGGCAGCCUGCAUUAACUGCUGUCCUCUCCCCAGCCACAAGUCAUUGUCUCCUUCCAGAUUCAAAUAAUGGCCCCUGGCCAGCCUCACUGGAAUGUGGGAGGGUAGCCAUUACAUUUGUAAAAUGCUUCGUCGUAUUAUUUUGUACUAUGAGAAAGCUAGAAACUUCGAAGUGCAUGGUGGGUGUUGUUGGUUUAUGUCUUCAUUUGUAGAAAUUACCUGUUUAUUGAGUAUCCUCUCCUACCUGGGAGCAUGGCACUGUGGUCCUUGCUCUGGUGAAAAUUAGUUCAGCUCUUAAAGGAGAAUUGUUUUACACCUUUUUAAAUGGAUUCAUUGCUUAGUUUAUUUAUCUUAUUGCCCAAACCAGUUGCCCUUGGAUCCACUGCAACUCGUGGCUACCCUAUGUAUGUCAGAGUAGAAGUGUGCUCCAUUGGAUUUUUUCAGUGGCUCAUUUUUCAGAAGUAGAUCACCAAGCCUUUCUUUCAAGGUACGUCUGGAUGGACUCGAACUUCCAACCUUUCGGUUAGCAGCCAAGUUCAUUAACCCUUUGCAUCACCCGGGGACUCCGUAUUGCCAGUCUGGGGUAAAUAGAAGAUCAAAAAAGAUGGGAUUUUAUAUCCACUGCUUUAUCACAAGCUCCUAAAACAGACUGGCGUGUAAUAGCCACUCUGUAAAUAUUUGUUGAAUUAAUGAAUUAGCAAGCAAACCAUUAAGAUAAAGCCUAUUUUGUUGGCAACUGUGAUUUGAUUUUAGAAGACAAAUGGUCCUCUGCAGGGGAGGGGAGGCUCAGUUAGCUACUUGGUAGAGAGAGGAAUGUUUCUGUAAAUGAGUAGUUUUCUACAUAGAAGAAGCAAUAGGCUUUAGCUUUUUAUUAUGCAGUAAGUCGUGACUAUGUUCCAAGUUUAAUACAGGUUCAGUGUUGACUGGCAAUGAUUAGGGAAAUUCAAGUUUCGAAGGUAUCUAGUCUUGGUAAUUUUACAUCCUCUUGAAAAGGGAUGUUUAUUGAAAUGAGCUAUUACCAGUAAUUGAGGUUUCAUCUGAGGGCAGUGAGAUUAAAUAGUUCCUUUUGGGCAAUCAUUGGCAUUUUGGCCCUACUUUUCACAAGUGAAACCCUUUUAAAAGAUUGACAAAGAUAGUAUCGUGUCAUGUGGAAUGUAAUAGAUGUUAAUUUGAGAAUGGUUUGCCCUGUUGCUUUAAAUGAAAUGUACUUCUGGGUUCUUCUGUGAAAAUACUGUGUCACUUAAAGCAUGAAGCUUGGUUGGUAAUGAUUUGUGAAGAGUAUAAAAGUUUCCCAUGCUUUUUGAGUGUUUUUUCUCUGCCCACAAGGGGAGGAACAUCCUUGUAGAAUUCUGCAGUGUUAGGAGUGUUGCCUACGGAAAAACGGAAACCAUUAGCUCCUGUUUAACAAGUUGGCUUUUCUAAAAGUGCCAUCAUUACAGUUUAAUGGUGUUCUUUAAAUGGUGCUCUAGGUGGAAUUGAAGCUCUUUUUAAUGACUGAAUUUCUUCAAAAACUUUUAAAGAAAAAUAUACUUGUUCUUUUUGCCGUGCCAUUUUGAAAGAAUGUGCCAACGUGAGGAGAAUAACUUAAAAAAUUAAGACUGUCUUGGUUUCUGUUCCACAGAGAUCCAAAAAUGAGAAUGAAUCAUGGUGCUGGAAAAUGUUCCAUUACAAAGCACAAGAAUCUUGAAAGCUCUGCAUUUUGGUGGUUCCCACUAGUAGAUUUCGUAUUUCUCAAAUAAGUCACUUGGCCACUCUGCAUUCCCAUUUAAACAGGGAUGAACUGCUGAAAACUAAGGCUGCUGUGUCUGUAGAUAAAGGUGAAAACAGUGUUUUAGUUCUACACAGUGUGUCCACUUAAAUAAAACUUCUCUGAGUAAUGAAAAAUGUGUGUUCAUCUUUCUUGCCUGCACUUCAAAGAGUCAUUUCAUGGAAAAUUAACAGAAGAUGAGCCCGGAAGUGUCUGGCGGCUCAUUUUUUUCUGCUUGAUACAUAAAAUUCAGUAGGCUCCAUGCUACUUGAAAAAUCCAGCUGGCGGUAUCUAAAGGAAUAAAGUCCUUGAUUAAGGGUCCACAGAUUCUGGAAUUUCUAAAGCACAAAUCACAUGCUUUCUGAUUGGGGAUUGUUUGCUGGACU